UUUUUUUGUUCUCUCAGAGAUAAACCAAACUGUGUUACGGUUGUAUCGUGCCCAAAAUAGAUACCGGAAAAAAAAGAGGGUAACAGUAAAAUUUGUAGUCUCACCAUUUUCCGAUUAUUCAACCGCACAGGCUAAAGUCGCGGUGGUCUGAAUUCGUUUGAUUCCCAUUAGUUCCAGCCACCAUGAGCGACCUCCCUCCCUAUCCGCCGCUUGAUCCUUCUACCUACGAUCUCAUUAUCGUCGGCACCGGAGUUUCUGAGUCCGUCCUCUCCGCCGCCGCUUCCUCCUCCGGUAGCUCUGUUCUCCACCUCGACCCUAACCCCUUCUACGGCUCUCACUUCGCCUCCCUUUCUCUUCCCGACCUCACUUCUUUCCUUCACUCGAUCUCCGUUUCUCCUCUUCCUCCUCCGCCGCCGUCAAACGCUCAUGACUUCCUCUCCGUGGAUCUCGUUCACCGAUCCUUGUAUUCCUCCGUCGAGAUUUCGAGCUUCGAACCCGAGAUCCUCGAGGAACACUCCAGAAGUUUCAACGUUGACUUGUGCGGUCCUAGGGUUAUCUUCUGUGCCGAUGAAUCCAUUAAUCUCAUGCUCAAAUCAGGAGCCAACAAUUACGUUGAGUUCAAGAGCAUCGACGCGAGCUUCGUCGGGGAUUCGAGCGGAGAGCUACGAAACGUGCCUGAUUCCAGAGCUGCGAUAUUCAAGGACAAGAGCUUGGCUCUGUUGGAGAAGAACCAGCUGAUGAAAUUCUUCAAGCUUGUUCAGGCACACUUGGCUUCCUCUACCGAAAGCGAUGAGGCAACAGUCCCUAUAUCGGAGCAAGACAUGGAGAGUCCAUUUGUGGACUUCUUGGCAAAGAUGCGUUUGCCACCCAAAAUCAAAUCGAUCAUCUUGUAUGCCAUUGCGAUGCUAGAUUAUGAUCAAGACAAUACGGAAACUUGUAGACAUUUACUCAGGACCAAAGAGGGCAUAGAUCGAUUGGCUCUGUACAUUACAUCUAUGGGCAGGUUUUCUAAUGCACUUGGGGCUUUGAUAUACCCAAUUUAUGGACAAGGAGAACUUGCUCAAGCCUUUUGCCGUCGAGCUGCUGUCAAAGGAUGCAUAUAUGUUCUCCGGAUGCCUAUUACUGCUCUGCUUCUAGACAAGGCAAGUGAGUCGAUUGUUGAAACUGGGGGUUGCAAAGGGGUUAGACUAGCUUCGGGUCAAGAGAUAUUCAGCCAAAAGUUGAUUCUGGAUCCAUGUAUUACUGUUGGAUUGGAGUCAUUUGCAUCAUUGACUGACCAGCAGAGAGAAACUCUUCGGGUUCUUGUCCCAAAGGCGAUGAGCAGUAAGGGGAAAGUAGCAAGAGGAAUAUGUAUCAUUAGAGGUUCUGUGAAAGCUGGUGUAUCAAACGCUCUUGUCGUAUAUCCACCUAAAUCUUUGUUUCCUGAACAGCCGACUGCGAUUCGGGUUCUGCAGCUUGGUAGUGGUUUAGCUGUUUGUCCUCCUGGCAUGCAUGUUUUAUAUCUUUCAACUUUGUGUGACAACGAUGAUCAAGGGAAAACAGCACUCUUAUCAGCCAUGAGUAUUCUCAUUGGGCCGCAGGUUCCUGAGAAGCUUCAAAGCGAUUCAGUAAUUGAGAAUGAUUCUGCUGAAGCAAAACCUGUUGUACUCUGGAGAGCACUGUACGUGCAAGAGCUGGUCAAGGGUGAAUUUGGUGGUAAUAUCAGUUCCGCGUCUAGUCCAGAUGGGAAUUUGAACUACAAUGAACUAGUGGAAUCAGCCUUGAGGCUAUAUGAACAAUUCAUGGGGAGUGAAGAAUUAUUUAAAGAAGAGACCUCACGGGAGAACACAGCGGAGGAAGAAAACGAUGGUGCUGUUGAAAUUGAAGAUUGAUCAAAGAAACUAUUCUCUUGUUUUAAUACAUAUUUAGUUUCAUUAUUAAUUUAUUAUUUGACGUUUUUCUUCGUAAUAUUGGGGCAAGUGUUAUUAUUAAGAUCACUACUACAAGCAAAAGAAAUCAGAUUCAUAUAAGAUUUGUUUAUAUACAAAGAUUUUCGAUAUAAGUCUCAAUGUAACAAAGGUUUUCGAUAACAAUUUUUUGUUUCUGUUGAAAAA